AAGGAAGCGAGGCAGUAGUACAAGUCAAUGGCGGGUUAAACGUGGUUUGCUCUACUAUACCGACAUCAAAGGAGUUGCUAUUGUGAUCAUUUUGUGACAAGUGCCUGAAAGGAAUGGAAAGCGUAUUCGUGUUUACUCUUACCUUUGUACGGAAAAUCAAUAAAAUAAUAUAAACACAAGUCUCUCAAGAAUAAGUAAUAAGAACGAAGAAUUAAAAGAACGUGUUAAAUAACCUGAAAUAAACGGGAGAUAUCAAAUAAUUCGUGAUUUAAAGCAAGAAAUGGAUUCUCUGUGAAAAUAAUACUUCGAAAAAAAUAUUAAACGCACAAUCGGAAGAGAAUUAAUAUAUAUAUCAAAGAUCUUUGUUGCAGACAAAGCACAGAAUUUUUGGACUAUGUCAACAUUAGAGGAUAAAAUUUUGGGGGAGAAGUUGCAUUAUUAUUGCAGCAGCUCCAGCGAAGAUGAAGAAAAUGACUCUGGGGAGUCUGAUAAAGAAUAUGAGGAUGUAAAAUAUACUGAAAAUAAUGCACAAUAUAUGACAUCUUACUCGGAAUGGGAUGGAACUUCCAGUAACACAGGACCUAAAGGUGUUAUAAAGGACUGGCAACGAUACAAGCAGCUGGAAACAGAAAAACGGGAAUCGCAGGAGAAAGAAAGAUUGCAGUUGAUUAAGAAACUGAGCUUGACAUGUCGCAGUGCUUUGGACGAGGAAAAGGAAAAGCUGGACGAGACAGAUCCAGAUCUGGCAGAUUUGUUAGGCGAUGAAUUCCUUCUGCAAUAUCAAAGACAGAGAAUGAAAGAAAUGCUUGCAAAAGCGGAGAAGCUUUGUUUUGGAAGUGUUAUUGACUUGGAGAGCACAGAUCAAUUUUUGGAAGCUAUUGACGAAGAAGACAAAUCUGUGACUAUUGUCGUUCACAUUUAUGAGGACAAUGUGCCCAGCUGUGAAGCUAUGAAUGGAUGCUUGGCGUCUCUUGCAGGGGAAUAUCCUCAUGUUAAGUUUUGCAGAAUUCUAGGAUCGAUUGCAGGCCUCAGCAAACAGUUUAAGAAAUUCGGCGUGCCAGCACUGCUGGUAUACAAGAAAGGACAAGUGAUAGGGAACUUUGUGCACAUGACGGAUCAUUUAGGAACAGAUUUUUACUCGUCAGACGUAGAAGCAUUUCUCAUCGAGCAUGGAAUGCUCAACGACAAAAAUUGCGUACCUCUUAUCGUAUCGAAGAACGAAAAUGGAGCAUCUGAUAGCGAAUAAUUAUUUUUCUCAAUACGUUUAUCAAUAUACAAAAA